AUGACAGCAGGGAUUGUAUUUCUCUUUGUUCUGGGCGUGACCCUAGGAUUUCCGUCUCCACCCAGGAAUAUUAACCCACUCAACCCGAAUGACGCAGACCGGCUUAAAAGUGGCGUAUCCAAAUCCGCACUCGUCAUCGGCGGGGGUCUUGCUGGGAUGUCAGCAGCUCUCGAGUUGUCAGAUCGAGGCUAUGACGUCACCAUUAGAGAAGCCAAUCCUGAGCUGGGAGGAAAGUUGAAAACUGAACCGGCGAACAUCGCCAACAAAACAUUUCAAGUGGAGCAUGGUUUUCACGCCUGGUUUCACAACUACUACCAGUUUAAGGACAUCCGUCAGCGUCUUGGAAUCGAUGGUAACUUCAAACCAUGGCAAAAGGUCCACUUCGUCUUCAAGAAGUACAAACCGGAAGUGAUCUAUAGCAGUGGGCCGUACCCCUUCAACCUUAUGGGAAUCAUUAACCGGAGCCCCAACCUGAAUCUGUUGAGCGCCAUGGGGUUACUCGGUGCUGUCCCGGAUCUCACGUCAUAUGACUUCAGGAAUGUCUACCAAAAGUACGAUCACAUGACGGCUUUGCAGUGGAAGGAAGCGAAGGGUGUACCUACCGCUUUUUACGACAUCAUCCUGGAGCCGGCUGUGUCCGUGACACUGAACAACAGGAGCUCGUUCAGUGCAGCCGAACUUCUUACCUUCAUCCAGCUCUACUUCCUCAGCGACUCGGAAGCUGAUCACCGGGAAGUGGUCUCGAAGGACUUUGGCACGUCAGUGAUCAAUCCCUGGGCGGACAGACUGCGUCAACACGGCGCUAGAAUUCAUUUGGGAAGCAAAGUAAACAGUUUGGUCGUGAACAUGACCACAGGAGCAGUUACCGGAAGUGACGUCGAUCCCGCGGGUACCAAAUAUGAUUACGUCAUCUUAUCCCCGAGUCUGAGAGCUACGCAGCUCAUCCUGACCGCCACUGCCCAAAAGUAUGCCUCGAGCCCGAAGGUCACCUCUGCCAUAGACACCAUCAUGUCAAAGGUUGGAAAACUGCAGAUUGCCCCACCUUACAAGGUAUUACGGGCAUGGUUUGAUAAGCAGCUGGACAACAGUCGCCCGGAUGUUCUGGAAACCCCAGCGUUUGCCCCGAUCAACUUGAUCGCUCAGUUCCACAUGCUUGAGGAUGAGUACAAGAUAUGGGCCAGUCAGACCGGAGGCUCUGUCAUAGAGUUCCAUCUGUACACCUGGCCGUACGGCGACAUGGCAGACGCUGAGGUGUGGGCCAAGAUAUCCCCUACCGUCAAACUCAUUUACCCAGAAAUUUUUGAGCAGAAUUUCAAAGUGUUAGGCCUACAUGUGAAUUCUCUGCACGAUUUCCCGUCCUCCAAAGCGGGCAUGGCUCACCUCCGCCCUACCGUCAACCAACCCAUCCUCUCCGGCAUACCUAACAUGUACCUGGCAGGCGAUUGGGUGAACACCUCAUAUCCCUCCGCACUCAUGGAAAAGGCUGUUUCCACUGGACGAGAGGCAGCGAAUUAUAUUCUGUUAAACGAUCACGUGAAACAGGCUACAAUGACAGUUCCGCCAUUCAGAGGGCCCGGUAUUUUGUGAUGCCGCACAUUAAGCGAGGAAAUCAAAGAUAAAAGUCGGCCUAAUUAGAUAUUCUUCUUUUGUAGUUUUAUUAUUGUAAGGUUAUCCGAGACGUACAUGUACAAUAAGCUGACAUGUCAAAUCUGUUGUAGUACGCAGCCCUUUAAUCAUCCAACUCGCUGUCGUUGUCCAGCUGAUUCUGGUACUG